AUGGUUUUGCUCACAAUCACCGCCAACUGCAUUGUUCUCGCAAUGGAGCGGCAUUACCCUUCUGGCGACAAGUCGGCCCUCAGUGAAAGUCUCGAGCAAACAGAGAAGUACUUCCUCGGAAUCUUCUGUGUGGAGGCCUUGCUCAAAAUCGCUGCUUUGGGAUUCGUACUCAACGAAGGUGCCUAUCUACGAAGCAUCUGGAACAUAAUCGACUUCAUAGUUGUGGCAACCGGCUUGCUAGCGUACAUUUUGCCUAACCUCAAUCAACCGGCACUUCGAGCUCUGAGGGUGCUGAGGCCGAUCAAAUUGGUCACUGGAUUCGAGAGUCUGCAGAUUGUGCUCAAGUCCAUAUUUAGAGCAAUGGCACCUCUUCUUCAAAUAGGUCUCCUCCUUCUCUUCGCAAUCACCAUCUUCGCCAUUGUCGGAUUGGAGUUCUAUUCUGGUGGCUUUCAUAUGACCUGUUUCGAUGAGCGUGAGUUGAUUGCUCUUUCCAUUAUUGACCCUUUAGAGAUGAAGGAGUAG